UUCGAGUCACAGUGUGUUUGUGUGUGCGUGUUAGAGCAGGAAGUAGAGGAAGGAAUUGUGCCACAACUGCUACUAGUACUCCUUUCUCUCCAAAGCACACAAACUUUCCCUAUUGGUGCGCGCGCAUGCGGUGCUUUUCUUUCUUUCUUUCUUUCUUUCUUUCUUUCAAUGCGAACUUUAAUCUGUCGUGAUUUUAUUGUCCCCGCUUUACAGCCCAAACCGAGCUAAUAUUUAACACGCACAGAAAGAAAGCAAGAAUCUAUCCCCACCGGAACCGCUUCUGAUUGACUAAAUCCGCUCAGGAACAAACUCGCGCACAGACUCGGCGCGCGCGGGACCGGACUCGGGGAAUCAGAAGCGUUACCGAGCAACAGGGGAUCUUGAGCGUUACCGCGAGACCGGAAAUGAAAGCGGGGAAGAUUAUCCUCUGUGUUUUGGGUGCAGCUGCGGUGGUCACUCUGAUAGCUGUACCAACGGCUAUCUAUCUUAACGGGAAGCCAGAAGAAUCCAAGAGGACUUUCACUCUUAAUGACUACUUCAACAGCACCAUCAGAGCCAGAUCAUUUAACAUGCGCUGGAUCUCCGAUCAUGAGUAUCUGCAUAGCACGCGAGAGGAAUCGAUCUUAUUGUUUAACGUGUCUUCGGAGACGGGAGAGAAGUUUCUGGCAGAGACGCUUGACUUCUAUAAAGCCUUCGAUUACAUGGUAUCAGCCGAUCGGAAGUUUGUGUGUUUACUGACCAACUACUCAAAGAUCUGGAGACACUCGUAUAAGGCGACUUACUUAAUCUACGACCGGGAGAACGGGAAGUUGCUCGCUACAGAUAUCCCGCAUGAGGUUCAGUACCUCGCCUGGGCUCCGACUGGCCACAAACUGGCAUAUGUAUGGAAUAAUAAUGUGUAUGUGAAGUCCAGCCCCUCUGCACCAGCAGAACCAGUCACCAGUAACGGAAGUCCUGUGAUCCUGAAUGGCAUUCCCGACUGGGUGUAUGAGGAGGAGAUGUUUUCCACCAACCACGCCAUGUGGUGGUCUCCAUCCGGAAAGUUCCUUGCCUUCGCCGAGUUCAACGACACAGACGUUCACGUCAUCGAGUAUUCGUGGUACGGGCAGGGUCAAUAUCCGGAAUUGGUCACCAUACCGUAUCCUAAGGCUGGAACGCCGAACCCGACGGUCCGCCUGUUUGUGGUCGAAGCCUCGGAUGUCUCCAGAAUUUCGGAGAUCUUGGUGCCAAGCGCUCUUGCUGCACGAGAUCACUACUUGAGCACCGUCACGUGGGCCACGGACGAGAGACUCGCAGUUCAGUGGCAGUACCGCACGCAGAGUCACGUCAUCCUGAAGAUGUAUGAGCUCAGCGGCGAGACGUGGAGCGGAAAGACAGAAAUAAACGUGGAUAGCAAGACAGGUUGGGUCGGACGAUUCUCGCCGAGCGACCCCGUGUUUAAACCCGACGGCUCCAGCUGUUACUACAUCAAGAGCGACUCAAACGGCUUUAAGCACAUCCAUCAUAUCAGCGGGAGCACAGUCUUGGCCAUCACAACUGGACAGUGGGAGGUCACCGACAUCCUCAAAGUGACCAGAGACGCCAUAUUCUACGUGAGUAACGAACACAACCACCAUCCAGGCCAGAGAAAUGUUUACAAAAUCUCAAUCGACGGAGCGAGUCAUUCCUCACCCGUCUGUCUCACCUGUACACUGAUGGAGGACAGGUGUAAAUAUAACUCCGCCUACUUUAGCACCAACGGCACUUACUACCGACUGAGCUGUUCAGGUCCCGGACUGCCUUUGUACACCAUAAGAGACAGUCGAGGUGAUGGAUCAGAGGUCAGGGUUCUGGAGGACAAUAAAAUCCUCCGGUCGAUUCUCCAGGACAUCGCGAUGCCCUCGCAGCUACACGGCACGCUGAAGAUCAGCGGGUUCGACCUGUGGUACCAGAUGAUUCUGCCUCCUAAAUUCGACAAGGCCAAAAAUUACCCUCUGCUGAUUGACGUCUACGCCGGGCCGUGCAGUCAGAAGUCAGACUUUCGUUUCCGGAUCAACUGGUCUACGUAUCUGGCAAGCACGGAGAACAUCAUCGUGGCCAGUUUCGACGGCCGAGGAAGCGGAUACCAAGGGGACCAGAUCAUGCACGCGAUCUAUAAACGACUGGGCACCUAUGAAGUGGAGGACCAGAUCACCGCCGCCAGGCAUUUCGUUGAUUUGGGUUUCGUCGAUAAAGAUCGGAUCGCCAUCUGGGGUUGGUCCUACGGUGGUUACGUCACCUCCAUGGCUCUGGGAGCAGGAAGUGGAGUGUUUAAGUGCGGCAUGGCCGUCGCCCCGGUAUCCAAGUGGGAGUAUUACGAUUCCAUCUACACAGAGCGCUACAUGCUAACUCCGGAAGAAAACGCAGCCUUCUACGACAAUUCCACCGUGACAGGACGGGCGAAGAAUUUCGAUUCCGUUCAGUACCUGCUGGUGCACGGCACGGCCGACGAUAACGUCCACUUCCAGCAGGGAGCGCAGAUCUCCAAAGCUCUCGUCGCCCACCAAGUGGAUUUCGAGUCGAUGUGGUACACGGACGAGGAUCACAGUCUCGCAGGAUCGGCGUACGAGCACGUCUAUACGCACAUGAGUCACUUCCUGAAGAAGUGCUUCGCAUGAGAUGUGGCUGUAAACGUCGGACUCGUCACAUUUCCUGGACUUCUGCGUCCACACGAGACGUCCCUCAAAUCACCAAGCAGACCACGUUUUUUUUUUUCCUUCUCUAGCUGCUAUUUAUGCUAUUGCAAGUGUUUUGUUUGUUUUGUUUUUUUAAAUCCCCAAUAAGAUAAGUGUAUAUCCUUUUAUCUCCAUCCAAGAUGGGUCUAGAUCCAAAGCCGACUUGAUCGAUCAAGAGUAUUUAAGCAGCACUUAACCGCAUGACCACACCGCUUCCUGACAGCUUUGCGUGUUGCUUAGCAACGGAUGGGAAGCUGAUAUUCCGUUCACAGUGGUAUUUUGAUUUCGGUAUCGUUCUGGAGUUUUGGUAUGAAUUUGAGCCCGAACAAAACAUCUUCAAAUUCAACGACGUGGACUAGCCGCGACAUUUUCCACGCUGGUUCCUUCUGGAUUCUUCAAGCUCGCACACGUCACCUGAAAGUUUCUAGCAAGCAGUUCUCUUUGAGUGAUUUAUUCCCAUUUUAAACCUAGCCUCUCCCGUCUUCUUAAAUUCUAAACGUUUCUAAACGUUUUUUUUUUAAACUGCAUAAUUUAGCUAAGAUAGCCUCCAUGUUCCCCGUGACCCUGAAAAGGAGUAAGCGGUAGAAGAUGGAUGGAUGGAUGGAUAAUUUAGCUAAGUUAGCUAAUUAGAUCUUACCCUAUGUUCAGUCUCCCCUCAUGUUUCUUGUACAUUAAAUAGAACGUUUCUAAAAAGAUUUUUAAUGCUUAAAAAAAAAAAAAAAAAAAAGUGGAACUACUGUUCUGGCUUAUCAGCAUCUCCAAGUAUGAUUAAAAAAAUAUAUGAAUUAAUAACGUGUAUAAUUCAGGGCAACAAAGUGUAUUUCCUGCCUCAAUAACUUAGAAAGUCUAUUUCCUUUAUUCUACAAGUUUAUUCUUUGUUUUCCUUCAGUUUGUGUAAACUGCCUCGAUCUUGUAUUUCAUUUCCAAUCAGGAGAUAUUAAGCGCUGUGUCAUGAGGACAUACACAGUUCUUCAGUUUGUACAUUA